GCAACGUCGGCGUGGUCAGGAUGGUCGUAGCCCUUCAAGAUUCUCAAUGGCGGCGUCUCGGCGCUGAUGGUGGAGUCGACGACGAGCAUCGGCGGGUACAUGGCGUCGGGGUACCGGAGGGUGGCUGGCGUGCAGCUCUACAUCAACCACCUCAAGCCCGCCCGCCUCGGCGACCGCAUCGAGGCCAAGGCGAACCCCAUCUGGUACCUCGACCCCUACGCGUACUUGGACAAGCUGCUGGACGCGGUGCAUUGGAUCCGGCAGGCGGUGGGGCUUGCCUACGGCCUGCUCUGGGGCGCCGUCCCCCUCGUCGGCGCCUUCUGGAUCGCCCUAGUUACUUGGAAAUAUUGACAUUCUCAAACCAAAUAUGAGGUGCCCUUUAUUCAGUCCAUGGGAGUAUAUGGAAGUUGACUGCUUCAAACCCAAUCCGUGCUUGCUGUUUAGUGAAUAAAUAUGCUGGUAGAAAAUUGCAAACUUCGUAAUAUGAAUAAAUAUUUGAUGGUAAGUUGCGAUGAAGAUUAAAAUUGUAUUCGCCCACAAAUAAGAAGAUUAACAUUUUAUUACAUACACUAAUCUAUCUAGCACCAAUGUCAC